AUGUCUCCAGAGCCCCCUGAAUAUCCACCACUUGACCCUCCACUGCUGAAGCCUCCAGAGCUUCCCCCAAAGGAGGAACCUCCUGAUGAUCCACCAGAGUAUCCACCACUUGAUCCUCCAGAGCUAAAACUUCCAGAGCUUCCACCAAAGGAAGUGCCUCCUGAUGAUCCACCAGAAUAUCCGCCACUUGAGCCUCCAGAGCUUCCACCAAAGGAAGUGCCUCCUGAUGAUCCACCAGAGUAUCUGCCACUUGAUCCUCCAGAGCUAAAACCUCCAGAGCUUCCACCAAAGGAAGACCCUCCGGAUGAUCCUCCAGAGUAUCCUCCACUUGAUCCUCCAGAGCUAAAACCUCCAGAGCUUCCACCAAAGGAAGUACCUCCUGAUGAUCCACCAGAAUAUCCGCCACUUGAACCUCCAGAGCUUCCACCAAAGGAAGUGCCUCCUGAUGAUCCUCCAGAGUAUCCGCCACUUGAGCCUCCAGAGCUUCCACCAAAGGAAGAGCCUCCUGAUGAUCCACCUGAGUAUCCACCACUACCUGAUCCUCCAGAGCUAAAACCUCCAGAGCUUCCACCAAAAGAAGAUCCUCCUGAUGAUCCACCUGAAUAUCCGCCACUUGAGCCUCCAGAGCUAAUCCCUCCAAAGCUUCCGCCUAAGGAUGAACCUCCUGAAGAGCCACCAGAAUAUCCACCACUUGAUCCUCCAGAGCUUCCACCAAAGGACGAGCCUCCUGAUGAUGCACCAGAAUAUCCACCACUUGAGCCUCCAGAGCUAAUGCCUCCAAAGCUUCCACCUAAGGUUGAACCUCCUAAAGAGCCACCAGAAUAUCCACCACUUGAUCCUCCAGAGCUUCCCCAAACCAGGCCAGCCUACUGA